CAGUAACAACGGUAGUCGGGUACUGCACCUUUUUCUUUCUCUCUUCUGUUUCAUUCUCCUCUGUCUGCCUGCAGCAUUGAACACAGCGUUGGCUUUCCAGUCAUGCUGCCCGGCUCAGGCUUUGCGCGAGCUCUUCGCGAAGCCGCGCCAGGUUUGUCCAAGCGGUUUUUUUCCAACUGCGGUCAUCCUCGCAAGGUUGAACAACAUCUUCGUCGCCCGUUCACGCAGCAGACUCAAACCUUGACGACCGCGGAAUCUACCACGAGAACGGCCGCCUCCCGACGACCCUUCGUGCAAGGAUGCGGCACACAGCAGCAGUCGAGCGUCAGUAGGAGGUACGAUGCGGCCAAGAGAUUCGAGUCUACUCGCUUGUUCUCGGCCUCUGCAAAUUCAAGAGCUACUCUACAAAAGACCGCGGCGGCGGCGGAGAGUGGUGAGGCUGCGCAGUCUAGCGAUGGAGAUGCCGCCGGGCAGAACAAGAACAACUCGUCGUCGUCUUUCCCGGAUACGUCGUCCAACACAGUGGCGUACUGGCUUCUCGGUAGCGCCGCGAGUGUCUUUGGGAUUGUGGUGUUUGGUGGUCUCACCAGACUCACAGAGUCAGGACUAAGUAUAACAGAAUGGAAACCGGUGACUGGAUCCCUCCCACCCAUGUCCCAAGAAGAUUGGGAAUCCGAAUUCGCCAAAUACCGUUCGUCGCCGGAAUUCAAAAUGCUGAAUUCGCGCAUGACACUCGAGGAGUUCAAGAGUAUAUACUGGAUGGAAUGGAUUCACAGACUCUGGGGUCGGUUCAUCGGCCUCUCGUUCGUCCUGCCGGCCGCGUACUUCGUCGCCAGGCGGCGAGUGUCACGCAGCAUGGCGGUGAGGUUACUGGGUAUCGCCGGCCUGAUCGGGUUCCAGGGUUUCAUCGGUUGGUGGAUGGUCAAGUCGGGACUCAAGGACGACUUGUUCGCCCCGGGCAGUCACCCACGCGUGUCGCAGUACCGGUUGACGGCACACCUGGGUGCUGCGUUUCUCUGUUACCUCGCCAUGCUUUGGAACGGCUUGGACAUUCUCAGGACGAACAAAAUCCUCAAGGCUUCCACCGCGGCACCGGCCAGAGCACAAGGUGUUUUCGACACUCUCAAAACCCCCGCUCUCAGACCGUUCAAGCGGUACGUGGGUUUGUUGGCGGGGCUGGUUUUUAUCACGGCAAUGUCCGGAGGUCUCGUCGCCGGUCUGGACGCGGGUCUGAUCUACAACGAGUUCCCUUACAUGGGUCUCGGUUUGACCCCUCCCAGGUCGGAACUGUGGGACAAAUUCUACUCCCGCGAAGAGGACGGGAGCGACCUGUGGUGGCGCAACAUGUUGGAAAACCCUAGUCUGGUACAGUUGGACCAUCGGAUCCUCGCCACCACGACCUUCACGGCCGUCAUGGCCCUGUGGGCUUUCAGUCGAACCGGGAACAUGGCCAAGAUCUUGCCCCGAGCCGCGAAGAAGGGAGUCCACGGGGUUGUGGGUUUCGUUUGGUUGCAGGUCACCUUGGGCAUAUGUACCUUGUUGUACCUCGUUCCCACACACCUGGCGAGCGCCCAUCAAGCCGGCAGUCUGGCGUUGUUGACGUGGACCGUGGUCUUGGGAAGUCGGGUUUGGUUCCCGAAACAAGCGGCCAAGAUUCUUGCUCAGCGUGCACAAAAGGCCGCUCUUCAAGGCGUUCAGGGCAACGCAGCAGCUGCUGCAUCACCAUCAGCAACUGCCGCAGCAGCCACAACGACGACGGGCCCAGUUUUGGCAGCGACAGUCGUGCCUGGCAUCACGGCAUUCGCCAUGAUGAUGAGCAAUCAAGCCGAAGGUGAUUUGAGGGAUCAACUCGUGUUGCAGCGGCAGAGGGGAAAGGAGGAGGUGGAACGACAGUAAUCAGUGAGGGAAAGGUGGUGUUAAAGAUGAGGAGCGGGUGACUUUGGGGGGUUUCCCUUAGUCCGUAUAUAUACUCUCUGCUUCCUUGCCAUCACUCGUUGUUGAUGGCAACUGUACGACUACUUUGAUAUCAUGUCAUGUCAUAGAGCAAGUAAGCCAUGUUAAAACCCGGGAGCGUAAGGCCUUGAAAGAAUAAAAAAAGACUCUUCGAUUUCAA